AUGCCUCCCAAAAAGCAGAGCGGCCCAGCCGUGCCCAAGAUGAUCUCGCGCCCGAAGCCGCCGCCACCGGGCGAGGAGAUCGCAUCGGACGAGCUCCACCUGGGCGAGUUCGACGGCGUCGAGACCUUGAGCUACUCGGAAGCGGAGCUGGUGCUGGAGGCGCUGGAGAAGAAAAGGCGGAAGGAGAAGCGCUACCAUGAGACAGAGGUUCUUCAAAAGACACGCGAUCACCUCUCACUGUUCCGGCGCUUCAAGACGGCCGAGAACGUUCAGGCUGCCGAGCGGCUGCUGUCUGCCAGGCCGGAAUUGCACAAGUUUGAGCGUGCUCAGAUCGCUUCACUGGUCCCUGAGAAUAGCGACGAGGCCAAGAAGCUUAUCCCGUCACUCAAGGAUAAGUUUGACGACCAUGACCUGGAAGAUUUGCUUCAAGAGCUUUCCAAGUUCUGCGAUUGA